UCUAAAAAAACUCAGACUCCAUCACUCAUCCAUUCACCUUGCAUCUCAUUCAUCCCAUCUCAUUCUGCUCUCUUGCAAUACAUUAUACCUUAUCAACGAUCCUUCUCUCGCUACAAACAUCAUGUCCACCCCUUCUCCUUCACCUCGCAAGUCCCUACGUACCUCUCAAACCGAAUCUAGUCUGAAACGAAAAUCUGACGCAUCAAGACAAACCAAGGUCACAGACGAAAAUGAGGAUGUAAAAGUCGACAAGACCAAGGUUGCGAAGUCGGAUUCCAAGACAUCAGUUCGAAUGCAGGCAGACACGUCCCACAUACGGGUUGUUGUCCCAGCUAGUAAGGGAAAAGCCAAGAAGGAGACGCCUUCGAAUCUUCCCAAGAAAGCGCUUCCUCGAAGGACCAGCAAAGUGGUCGUACUAGAUAGCGACGACGAUGAUGCUGACGUCCAUCUCAGCGAGGCUUCAGACGCCGUGUCUAGCGAAGGUCAGUCAUAUUUACGAGCUCUUCUGCUCCAGGCGUUGCUUCUGACAAUGGGUAUCAUUUGCAUAGAAGAAGAAGUGAUCCCUAUCAGAAAAAAGUCUACGGCAAAAGCGAGUAACACCUUGGGCAACUUCAUCGGCAAAGAUGUUUCAGUACUACCCAAGACCAAGGCUAGCAAGAUCGGUGGCCCUUCAAAGAAAGAAAAAGAAGUUAUCGAUGAAACUACCCUCGCUCCUCUCACGGAGAUUCCGGAUAUGUUCCAGGAUAUGGUACAGAACCGGCCCGAGUUUAAAAAAACUGUUGAACUGUUGGCUGGUCGUCCUCUACGCGUGGCCACCAUGUGCUCCGGCACCGAAUCCCCUCUGCUUGCUCUCGACUUGAUCUCUAAAUCAGUAAAAGACCUCUGGGGGCUCGACUUUCGGGUUCAACACGUAUUCUCAUGUGAAAUUGAACCGUUUAAGCAGGCUUACAUUGAGCGAAACUUCCAACCUCCGAUCCUGUUUCGUGAUGUAUGUGAACUUGGUCAAGAAAAAGCGACCACGGCAUACGGUGCUCAAGUGACAGUACCGAAUGACGUCGACAUGCUUAUUGCCGGCACUAGUUGUGUCGAUUAUUCAGGUCUUAACAAUCGAAAAAAAUCUAUUGAUGCUGGGGGAGAGUCCGGUCGAACUUUCCAUGGAAUGCUUAAAUGGGUUGAAAACUCGCGUCCUUCUGUGAUCAUAUUGGAGAACGUAUGCAACGCGCCAUGGCCUAAAGUAAAGGAAAAAUUCCACUCCAUUGGAUAUGAUGCCGAAUUUUCACGAUUCGAUACUAAACAUUAUUAUAUCCCACACACUCGUACUCGCGUCUAUCUGAUUGCGACCCCUCAAAAACUCCGGAGUUCCAGCGGUUCUCACAUCCCGCAAAAGUGGCUCACGUUGGUUUCUCAAAUGGCCAGACCUGCAUCAGCACCCUUAGAAGCCUUUAUGUAUCAUCAGGACGACCCUCUCGUCCAUCGCGCCCGACAAGAAUUAGCUUUUGUCAAAGCCAACAAAGAUGGACAAGGAAGACAGGCGACUGACUGGACCCGUUGCGAAAGCCGACAUGCUCGACAACGUGCCGAGGAACAACUCGGUGACAAGCGUCCCCUCACGGCGUGGCAAGAUGGCCCUGUAUGUAAGGUCAUUGACGGUGGAUGGAACGAUUGGGCUAAUGCACAAACAGAGCGUGUCGUGGAUCUAAUGGACAUCAACACUCUGCGUGAAGUCAAAAACGGCUUCGAUGUACAAUACAAAACUACGAUCUGGAAUUUGAGUCAAAAUGUUGAUCGGAUGAAUGGCAGCGGCAAAUUUGGUAUCACCCCUUGUUUGACUCCUAAUAUGAUUGCAUAUGUCACCAAUCGAGGGGGUCCGCUUAUUGGCCGAGAAGCUUUAUCGCUGCAAGGCAUUCCGAUCAGUGGCCUACUACUCACCAAGGAAUCAGAAGAUCAGCUUGCUGAUCUCGCCGGUAACGCGAUGAGUACUACAGUUGUCGGUUCUGCAAUGGUUGCUGCUUUGAUUCUGACGAUGCCCAAGGUCAAGAAGCAACUAGAAGGCGAGGACGUGGUCAUGGAGGACGCCCGUAUCGAAAGCUUACCUCACGCUACACCACACGAUCUUUUGAAAGGCGACGAAGACCUCGUUUCUUCGCCUUUAAAUCUUUCCAAGACGCUACCUGUGUCGCCUGGUUUCUUCGAGCGGGCAACGUGUAGCGCUCGCCUCUGUAUCUGUGAGGGUCGCUCCGGAAUUGCGGCCGCGAAAAUCCAAUGUUGCCAAGCUUGUGGCUAUACUUCCUGCCAGUCAUGUGGUGGCCGUCCCCGCCACAACUACGAGACACGAAACGAGGAGCGUUUAAACCCCGCCACAUUCGAGCGAGAACUCAAAGAUAUCCUUCCUAUGCGAUUAUCCCUCCAAGGCUUGGAUAAAUCAUUCCUAUCUCAACUCAGCGUGCAAGCUAAGGAAGCUGGUAUCAAAGUGGACGCCGCCGAGUGGACAAUCAUUCGCGAAGCUAUCUUGGAGGCUGUAGAGGGCGUGGAAUUUCACUUUAGAUCACUUAAACGUCAACAGAUUUGGGUUGUCAACUUUGAUGCGCCAAAGGCCACUCUCGAAUUGCGAUUGGACCCUUGUCAUCCAGAGUGGCGGUUGAGCGUCAAGGCUGACAAGUCAGCGCCAAUCAAGUCGCCUCAUCGACUUUUACUCAACACCCCUGUAGCACGCUUGCGGAUUGACCAGAAGACUGACGAUCUCAUCUCUGGAUCGUGGAACGUGCGGCUGCCUGUCAACCAGUCAUUUGAUUUCAAGUUCGAAGGCACAGGAUCCUUGGUUCCCGGUUGGCGCAAAGAGAUGGGUUUGACUGACGAGAAUGCUAGAUCUGAAGAAUGGUGGUCAGAAUGGACCGUAACAACACCCCAAUCUGCCGAGAAGUACUUGGAUCGUGCAUUAGAUGGUGUCUGGAAAUUACACUCUGAUUGCGGUACGGCUCAGAACAUGUUGCACCGGAAAGUAGAAACUGAAGCCGAUCAAGGCUUACCUCCACUUUAUCUAAUGCUUGAUCCAACUCGUAGUGGGGAGCCUGAGAACGACUAUGCUGUUUUCACCAUUCAACACUCUCGUUUGGACUAUGGUGUCGUCCGUCCGACUAUAGCUCGGCUGGAUGCUAAAUGGAGGCCGAGCUCCAAGAAAACCGUCACGGUCACAUGUCAUGUAUCGGAUAAAUGGUUCAGCGCACCCACCCUCUCGCUCAGCACCGAAUUACAUACCGAGGCCAAGGCGUCAGCUGAUACUAAAGAUGGCGUGUUUUCCAUACCUAAAGAUGGCGUAUCAGUCAAACUUGACGAUGUAGCUUGCCAAAAGGCAAAUGUAGUCGUUGCUUGUAAAGUACCUCUACCCACGAAACAAAUUGAUCCAGUAUGGGGUACUGGUGAUUGGAGGAAUAUCGACAUUCCUCAUCAAGGUGAAAGCGUAUUUCAAAGCUUAGCUUGGAUUACUGAAAGAGUCCCUCCACCGGAAUCACUAUGCAAAUGGUCAACCCUUUCAGCUGGAGAACAAUGUUCUCCUAAUUGCCAACGAUGUGCGCCAUCGGAACCGGUCGUCAAGUGGGUUGUCAAACAACAGAAGACGAAGUCAACCUUGGUGCCUCACGAAGACAUGGUUGAAGCAGGACGAUACGAGCAAGCGUUGAAAAAUCGACCCGCGCCCUUCAUAACUCAACUCCGACUUGUCGAUGGAUGCGGUGAAUUCCGCAUCGGUAUCAACUUUGCGACCUUGGUACAUCGAGCGAUCUCACGAUUCCCAACCACAGCCAACAGUGGUGAUAUCAUUCCUUCUUGGCGGGUCACCUUUGGCCAUGGCUCUAAUGCCGGGUCUUUACUUAGACCCAAAUUCAACUUUAGUCUCUCGAGUAACAAGAAAGAUGAGGCUGCUCCUCAACCUCCUCAUUUCAGAACACUUCUCAGACCUGAGCAACUCAGAUCUCUAUCUUGGAUGUUAAAGCAAGAAAAAGUUGGUGAUGAUGUGACACAUACAUUUAUAGAGGAAGAAAUUUCAGAAGCCUCGCUGGAACCGCUUGGGUGGCGCGCCGAAGGCAAGGCCGAACGCCCCGUUUUAAUCAGGGGAGGUGUACUCGCCGACGAAGUCGGGUACGGUAAGACGGCCAUCACCAUAGGUUUAAUUGACGCGACUCUUAAGGACCCUCUUCCCCCGGUACCGAAACCUCACCUCAAAGGUUUUGUACAAUUGAAAGCAACUUUAAUCAUCGUUCCUGCCCAUCUUUCAGGUCAAUGGCCUAAAGAGUUUACGAAGUUCACUGGCUCAAAUAAGAUCAAAGUCCACCGAAUUAUUAACAUGACUGACCUGAACUCCACCAAAAUUUGUGAUCUGCAGGAGGCCGACGUAGUCGUAGUCUCUGAAACUAUCUUUGGAAGUCAGAUAUAUUGGAGCAAUUUAGCCAUGUUGGCCGGGACGAGAGACAUUGUCAGCGACGAGAAAGGAGGAAGAUUUUUCAAAGCCUGUUUACAUGACACGUUGAAAAAGUUGCGUAAACACGUAGAGAUCUUGAAAUCCAAAGCUGGCGGCUCUAGCGCUUUACAUCAGGCCAUGCAGGACGCCCAAAACGACUUGGCAAACAUGAAGAAUACCAAACAAGUUCAAUCUACUCGUCUCAAAGGAGCAGCUUAUGCCAAGAAGCACGCCUCAGAAACCGCUGAGAGUGGUGACGAGGAAGAAGAGGAGGAAGAGGAAGAGGAAGAAGAUUCUGACGAUUCUGAUGAUAGGCCUGCUAAGAAAGCUAAGGUGGGUACGGCUAAGUCACAAGCUAUAAGAUCCAAGGUACAGACGGGUGAUGCUUGGAAGCUGAAGACCGCUGCUAAGGACGAUUGGACCCAGAUGCACUGCCCUCCUCUGCAUAUGUUCUAUUGGAAUCGCAGAACGAUUGAUGAAUAUACUUAUUUGAGUGGACGCGAGCAGUUAGCUGUGGGAACCAUCCAUUCAUGGAGUACUUGGAUUCUAUCUGGUACACCCCCUGUAGCCAACUUUACAGAAAUUAAAUCUAUCGCUCGUCUCCUUCACGUUCAUCUUGGUAUUGAUGAUGACGGGGAGGGUACGAAAGAAAUUGCCAAGGCAUUUACCAAGCAACAAACUGCCGCUGAACAGUUUCACUCCUUUAGAGAAAUUCGGUCCACAGCUUGGCAUCACCGUCGAGACGAAGUAGCUCAAGCCUUCCUUGAUCGAUUUGUAAGACAAAAUGUCGCUGAAAUUGAUGAGAUUCCAUAUGAAGAACGUAUCGAACCGAUAACCUUGCCUUCUGCUGAGCGAGCAAUUUACUUGGAGCUGGAUCAUCACCUUCAGUCCUUUGAUAUGAACCUAAAGAAAGUUUCGCGAACCAAAAAGACCAACAGCGGGAUCGCUGACCGAGAAAAACGGCUAGCAGCAGCUUUAGGUGAAAGCAAGUCCGCUGAGGAAGCGCUGCUGAAAAGAUGCUCUCAUUUCACGUCAGACUUGGCUGCGACAUCGCAAGCUCACGACGCAGAGAAUGCAGGCGCAGCUUGUACCGUCAUUCUUGAUGAACGUACAAGGCAAUUAGAUGAAUGUCUCGAGGAACUUCGAAUCAAACUCAAGCAAGCUGCACUCCUCUAUGUGCAUACCAAGACGGCUGGACUCUAUGAAAAGGAUGAGAAACCACCGCCAUUUGAGGAGUACAUCAAGAUGUCAUUUGAAUCGAUUGGAGAUGAUGAAGCAAAUCAACGAUUACAGAAGAUAUUAGUCGAAGAAGGUUGUAUAGUGAAAGGUGGUAAAGUUGUGGCUCCAAAGAUUUCACUUCACGAUGAAGAUGUUGAAGAAGUCUUGACUCAUGUGGACCCCAAAUUAGCGAUUGAGAAAGCGAAAGAACGCAAGAAAUCAGAUGCUAAAAAGGGUAUCAAGACUAAGGCCGUUGAAGAGAAGGAGAGAAAGCUUUCAAAGGAUGAAAUUCUUCAAGCUCGGAAGUGGGCAGCUCGAGAGUUGAUUCAUGUGCUUCGUAAACUGAACAAGGAAUUAGUCAAUCGAUUCCGAUCCAAGAGGUACUUUACUAUUGUGCGUGACGUACAACGUGAUCACGUCUCCACCACGAUCAAGAACGAUGAAGGCAUCGAAGAGCCAAUGGCUAUCCUCUCCACCUGUGGUCAUCACGGACCUUUGAGCUUAGUAACGAAAUCUGCAUAUGAACAAGAAUGUUGUAAAAAAGUAUCUUUAGGAUGUAGUGCUCCUGCUCGAGAUACCAGUGUGAUUAGAGCUGAUAGUUUAGGACACGAUGAAGAAUCUGGAAAGUUUGGAAUCAAAUUAGAACGACUAUGUCACCUGAUAUCCAAAUUACGUAGCACUGAUAGAGUAUUAGUCUUUGUUCAAUUCAGCGAUCUAUUAGAUAAAGUUUAUGAAGCAUUAGAACAUAGAGAUAUUGGAGUAGCUAGAGUGAAAGGAACUGCAAGACAACAAAUGCAAGUGAUGACUGAAUUCCAAGAAGAAGCUGAUCCAGACAUCAGAGUUUUGUUAUUACAUGCAACAGAUUCGAGUGCAAGUGGUGCUAAUUUAACAAAUGCGAAUUACGCUUUCUUUGUAUCACCAUUAUUCCUACCUACUCAAGAUAAAUUUAAAGCUUGUGAAACUCAAGCGAUUGGUAGAUUAAGAAGAUAUGGUCAAACUAAAAAAGUUCAUGUCAUCAGAUUAUUAACCACUGAUACGAUUGAUACUCAGAUUUAUGGUCAUCGACAUCAAAAAACUCAAGAUGAACUUAGAUUAGAAAUUGAAGCGGCUCGUAAAAAACAAAUUCCAUUUGUGAUUCCAUCUUGAUUGUUUACAUAUGAAAAAAUAUCUUUUUACUUGUUUCAUUUUUGUGUUUUCCUCCAUUAAUUCCAUUCUUCAUCUCUACUUUUUUAAUUUUUAUAAUUUUACUUGGUUUAACUUUUAGGUUGUUAUGAACUUGUUUAGAAACAAAUUAUGGGUCUUUUUGAUAGAUUUUUUUUUCAUAUGUAGAGUGUCUUUUUCCAGGGGAAAAAAUGGAAAUGGAGUUUAUUGAAAUCAUGUUGAUACUUUGAUGAACUUGAAUGGUUUUGUCACUAAUUAAGUACACUUGAGGUUUCAU